UGAAGGUUGUGGAUGCGAGUGUGAUUCCUAGGUUGCCGGCAGUGCAUACGUCUGCUCCGGUGUAUGCUGUGGCGGAGAGGGCGGCGGAUAUCAUCAAGGCGGCCAUAUGGGUUGCAGGUUGAAGCCCCGUGAAAAGGUUGUUGCAGCACCAUAGUGUUUCUUGAAUUUGUCAGGCUGGAUGCUACGUCGACAUCCAAGGCUUAUGAUAGCUGAGCUAUAUGAUCGUCGAUAGUAUUGGUGGAACUUUUGUCUGAGCAGCAUUCGAUGGCUGAGAUGUUUCUUGUUGUGGCGCAUGUGCUGGUGAUUGGCGCUAAUGCUUGUCCUGAUUCCGAUCAGGUCUCGUUGGCACUGGCAGUGAAACCUACAAACCACGCCACGCCUUACUUAUCAUUUUGCUCUCCUGGAACUGGUUUCGUCAUCCUUGGAUUGUUGAACGUUGACGCCAAGUAUCUGUCCAAAGAAAGUUCUAUGGCGCCCCACUCAAUAGGUGACGGCUGUCCAAGAACUUUAAUCAAAUCUGGCAGAAAGAACGUUCGCUACGACUCUGGGUUGAUUCCUAUUUCCUUUCGCUCAUGCAUUGCCUUCGGACGAGCCUCGAUGUCCUCAUCGAUGAUUGUUACAAC